AUGUCAAAUGUCGAGUUGACCGGCGACGGUUUCAUCGGUCUCGAUUAUGACUCGAGAAAUUACAUUCAGCCUCAGUCAUGGCCAGUGGCGGUGGACCACCAGGCCUCCCAGCGGACUGACGGUUCGCGAGACAUCUCACCCUUACAAACCAGCGGUCACGCUUUCGAACAGUCGGUAGCCCAGGAUGCUAACCUCAUCGUUGACUGGCAAUUCCAACAUCUACAACCCCACCUUCAUUACUCUCAGGACGAGGCAACCGCCGCGCCCCAGUUCACGACUGCAAGCUAUGGCAUGACUAUCCACUCUUCGCCCGUUGAUCUCAUGUCAGGGCCUCAUGGUCAGAUGAGCACGAGCCUGCUGGACGGUCCUUAUUUGCCGCUCGCCGCACCCGUUGACAUGGUAUCAUACCCUUACCAGGAUCUCCAAACAGACCUUCUCGGGUUUCAACCUCACGGCCUUCCAAACAUGUCAUCAUAUACAGCUCCCCAAAGCAUGAUUGAGAGCAGCUCACCGACGGACACGUAUCUGGAAGUCCGAUCCCUCACCAGCUCCAGUAGCGACCAUGGCUGGAGCAUGAUUGAACCGAGACACUCGCACGAGUUUUCUUUUCCGGACCAGGUCUUUAUCAACCCGACCCAGACUCUCCACGAUAGGAGCCUGUCGGAAUCAUCCUACUCGACCUCCUACGGUAGCUUUGUCGAUGUAUCCAACCCUGUCAACUCGCCUUGCUCGGAAACGAACUUCGAGUAUAACAGUCCCGUGAACCGCCGUGUGUCCUUUGACCACAUCUCUCAUGGGUCACAAUCACCCACCGCAGUUAGCCCCGCUGCCAUUGUCCGACCAAUUCAAGUGCCGGCCAAAAAGGAUACUUCGCCGACUCGCUCUUCAGGCUCCCAGUCGUCCUCUUCACCGCCAAGCAGAAAGCCGUCUCGCAAGAGCCCGAUAGCCGCCAGAACCGCAGAGACCAAGGUCCGGAAGCAGUCUCAGAACGGCAAGUCCGAGACCACUGAGAAGAAGGUUGGCAAGCGCAAGGGUCCUUUGAGACCGGAUCAGCGAAAACAGGCUAGCGAAAUACGAAAGAUGAGAGCGUGCCUGCGCUGUAAAUUUCUGAAGAAGACUUGCGAUAAGGGCGAGCCAUGCGCUGGUUGCCAACCUUCGCAUGCCAGGCUAUGGCAGGUUCCUUGCACUCGUAUCGACAUCAAGGAGAUAGGCUACUUCAUGAAGGAUUGGAAAGCCGAUUAUGAGCGACACAUCACCCUUGGAUUCUCCGUGGGAAAUAUUAAAGGCUUCUCAGAACACGAAAAGACUCUAUUUAUAACUCACGGCUACGGUCAGGUUCUUCCGAUCAACGCCCGCGAAGUAUACGUACACAAUGAACAAUGCUUUAGCAUCGACUGGGUGGAAACGAUGAACCGCGAACCUACCCAGUAUGAAGUUGAGACCGCGAAACUGUCUGCUGGUAUGGAGGGAAUUUCGCAUGCCAUGUUGUCCGAUUACCUAGACCGCCAUAUUGAUGGAAACGGCACUUUUGAGAAGUUCAUCGACGACUACUUUGAGGGCACGCCAUUUUUGACGCAGAUGCUCAAGACAGCAUUCCGGUACUACUUCCGCACAAAGAUGCCUGUCAUUCGCAAAGCUUUGAAGCUCAUUCUUGCCUACAAUCUGACGCUCCAUGUCACCAUGGUCGAGGGCUUGGGCGAGGAGGACGGUUUCUUAGGAAAAAUUCAAGAUCAAACCAGCAAGUUCAAGGGGAAGACCAUGGCACCUGUGAUGAUCAAUUUCCAGAUCAAGUGUGCUAUGGCAAAUAUGUGGCGUGAACUGCAGAAAGAUGUCUUGGAGGAGUUGUCCAGCCUCUAUUCCAGCGUCUACAGUGGUGACAAACUGAAGAACUGGCCCACGAUUUUCAUUCUGGCGUCAAUUCUUUUGGCAGUCUGGGAAGAAAUGCAGUUUGACUGCCACUACCGCACGCCGGUGAGUACCCUACGAACGAUUCCUGCUUACAGCUCUGACUGUGAUAAGGAUGCCGCUGCUGUUGACAAGUUCUGCACCGACAUGGAGACUACUCCCGUCGGUGUCAUUGUUGGCCUAUUCCAGGCGAUUUCUCAAAAAUUGCCGGCGUUCUCCGACUGGGAAACGUCAAAGCACCACCAUCUGCUCCAAUCAAACCCCGAUGUCUGCAACACUAUGACCGAAGUUCGCCAGCAUGUUGAGAAAUUUGAAAGUUACCUCCGUGGCCGCUCAGCGACCAAGUUCAACAGAAAUGACUUUGACUGCCUAUCGAACAAAUUCGUUUCGAGACUUGUUAUUCGAGCGAACUAG